AUGUUGCGCCGGUCCAUUUUGCAAAUAUCAUCUCGCCCAGCUCUAAGAACGAACCCCAGACGUUUUGUAUAUCAGCAGAUACCUUUACAUCUAUCUUCACAAAAGAAUUUCUCAACUGCAUCAAAACCAGGGGGUGCGUCAGCGUCUGGGUCUCCGAGCAAGCCACCUGAGUCUAGUGGCACUCUAUCGAAGUUUUUCAUUGGAAGUGUAGCUUUAGGUGCUGCUUUUCUGGCAGCAUAUCAAACCGGUUAUUUGGAUCAAUAUCUUAAGAAAGAACAUCAUAGUGUUCCACACAAAGCUCAUGUCAACACAACCAUUGAAGAAGUGAAGACUGUACAACAUUCAACGGACCAGUUAAUUUCACCUAAUGAGAAAUUGAACAGCGAGAAUCCCACUGUACAGCUUGCAGAGCAGAAUAUUGAUGCCCAUUUUUCACAGCCAGAAAUAGAAGAUCAGGUGGAUAAGUUGAGUACUGUUCAAGAAAAAUUUAAUAUUCCUGAAGAUGGUACUGUUGCUGCAAAAGAAAACCAAUUGCCUGAAUAUCCUCAAAGCAGUCUAACAUCUGAUGAUCCAAGUAAAAAAUCUGUUGUGCAAUCUGAUGGGAUUAUUGGAAUACAAAGCAUUGAGACAGACAAUACCCCAAGACCAGAGGGACUUCAAAAUACAUCCACAUCUACACAGAUCAGUUCAGUUUCAGAUGAAAAUGGGAUGAAAAAUAUUCAAUCAGAGCAACUUGAAAUACAAGAAUCAGAGAAGAAAAGAGAGAGUGCAUUAGACAAAGAUAUAGAGCAACAACCCACCCUCCUUGAGGAGUAUCACUUAAGGAAUAAAUCAGAAAGAAACCCUGCACCUGAUAUAUUUAGUCAUGGCUUUACUGAGAAUAGCCAUUUCCCUGAAGGAAAAGAGGCACUUAGUGGUGCAAUGGAUGAGUUGAAAGGUGGUUAUGUGUCAGAGGAUGGAAAACUGGUUUUUGAUUUCUUGCAAGCCAUCCAUGCUGCUGAGAAAAGACAGGCGGACUUAGAUGCUCAUGUUUUUAAUGAAGAAAAGAAAGUGUUGAAGGAAAAAUAUGAAAAGAAGUUGAAAGAUGCAGCUGCCGUGGAACUAAGGCUUGCUGAGGAGGCUGCGAUGUUGGACAAGAGGAGUACAAAAGACAUUGAUAAAGAAUCCAAGUUGAAGCCUGAUCAAGAGCUAAAGAGAGAGAGAGCAAAAGCCGCCCUUGCUAUCAAGUCGCUUCAAGAAAAGAUGGAAGAGAAACUGAAGACAGAACUUGAACAAAAGGAAAUUGAAGCUGAAUUGAAGUUGAAACAAGUUCAGGAAUUAGCAAAGGCAGAGUUAAAUGCAGCCAUAGCAAAUGAGAAGGCAGCCCAAAUUGAAAAAAUGGCUGAAGCAAAUGUUAAUAUAAAUGCCUUAUGCAUGGCAUUUUAUGCUCGAUCUGAAGAAGCUCGUCAAAGUAAUGCUACACAAAAUUUUGCUUUGAGAGCACUUGCAUUGGAAGAUGCACUAUCUAAAGGAUUGCCAAUUGAGACAGAAAUAGCAUCUUUGCAGUCUUAUCUUGGAGGCAUAGAUAAAGAUUCAGUUUUGGAUUUGGUGCUAGCAUCCCUUCCUGAAGACACACGAAGCAAUGGCACAGACACACAACUGCAGUUAAAGCAGAAGGCAAGCUGUGCUCUUUUUGAUGCCUUAAAAGAUAGUGUGCGACACUUCAGCUUUUUCCCACCAGGAGGGGGAGGUAUAUUGGCACAUUUUUUGGCACAUGUAGCAUCCUGGUUGAAGGUUAGGGAAGACGACCAAUCUGGUGACGGAAUUGAAUCUGUCAUCAAUAAAGUAGAGAGUUAUUUGGCUGAAGGAAAACUUGUUGAAGCAGCAGAUUGUCUGGAAGAAAGUGUGAGAGGCACAGAAGCUGCAGAAAUCGUUGCAGGUUGGGCGAGGCAAGCAAGAAACAGGGCUAUUUCUGAGCAAGCUAAAGACACUGCACAUGACUAG